AUGGGCCUCUUCUCUUCUUUCACUUCUGCCGCCCCCUCUGGGGGAAACUCAUCCAUCGCUCUCAAAACCUGCGUGCAACAUGUUUUCCAAACGCAGGGCGGAAACCCCAACCAGCGCAUCGUCGAUCCCAGCAUGGACACCUACACGGACUCUCGAAUGGGUGAGAAGAUCCAAUUCGAUGAGUUCCCUGCCUUGCUUGCUUAUGCGGUGAAUGCCGAUGAGGUCGGUGCGUUGGUGAAGUGUGCUCGGCAGACGGGGUAUAAGGCUGUUCCGAGGACGGGGGGUCAUCACUUCCUCGCAUACUCCGCUCUAAACAACACUCUGGUCAUCGACAUCGCGCACAUCAACUACGUCAAUAUCUCGACCGCUGGUUCCGUCGCUACUGUCGGCGCUGGUAUUCGUCUCGGAGCUCUAUACACAGCCCUCGAUGCAUACAACACCACUUGGGUCGGAGGUAUCUGUCCCACAGUCGGUCUAUCCGGCCUCGUCUCCUCCGGCGGGUUCAACAUGCAGAUGCGCGCGCUGGGCAUGUCAAGCGACUAUGUUCUUGCUGCAAAGGUCGUGACCGCAGACGGAAGCAUCAUCACUGCCUCGCCGACGUCUCACUCUGAUCUAUUCUGGGCUCUCAGAGGCGGUGGUGGCGGCACGUAUGGUAUCCUGGUCGAGCUGACCUUGAGCCUGCGUCCUCUGCCUCGCUCAGCGAUGGUUGCUAUUUCAUGGAACGACAGCAGCCUCCGAUAUGACGUGGCCAGACAGUUCCUCGACUGGGCUCCGAAAGCAGACAAGGAGUUCACUUCCCAGGUGAACGUGUACAAAUCCAACGUCCAAGUCUUGGGCUGGUAUCUCGGCAAAUCGCAACAGCAGCUCCAAUCGCUGAUCAACUCCUCCGGACUUCUCCAGAUCGGAAAGCCCCAGGUCCAAAUCUCCGGUAAUUGCAACACUGAUAACUCCCGUGUGUUCGGAUACACAACGACGGAAUGCGUACCGGACAACCAGGUCAAUGCCGCAAUCAUGAAUGUCGUUCCGGACCCAUUCUCCCAGUACGACAACUACCCGCAGUUCAAGUACAACGAGGUUCCUGUCUCAAGUUCUCGUGGUGUCGCACCGGCAUGGAGUCGGUUCAGACGGCUCAGCAAGUCGUUCUUCUUGCAGAAAUCGAAGCCGCUGCCGGAUGACGACCUGAAGAAGGUCGUUGAUAUGAUCGGCCAGUUGGACGAUGCGUCGCAGGUCUGGGGAGAGUGGCACGCGUGGAACCUGACCAGCACCAUCGAUAGUGCCUUUCCCUGGCGAAAGGAGGCGUACGCGCACCUGGAGUUCCAGGUCCAUGGAUCCAAUGAUACAGCCACGCAGACGAAGUAUGAGAACUGGUUUGCCAAUCUCGAGAGCUUCCUCAGACCUAUUGUAGGACCCGCCUCCUACUCCGGCUACAUGGACAGUGGCAUUUCCACAAACCCAUUCGAGUCCUACUACGGCUCGAACGUCUGCCGCCUGGUCCAGAUCAAGAAGGCGUAUGACCCGAACAACUUCUUCACGAACCCUGAUGCCAUUCCUCCAACGGUGCCCCAGGGCAUCUCGUGUUGA